AUCGUUCGAUGCCCUCGCGUCCCACACAGGUCCCGUGUCGGUCACUUCUCCAGUCCCAGCUCCCGCUCCUAGCCGGUCGGUCCCGAUUGAUCUUGACCCCCUGAAUGAUGCUCGCGAAGGCGACCAUGGUGCGCGACAGCGUGCGCAGGCGAGCCCGCACCAUCUCGUCAGCUUGUCCCCAGUACGCUCCCAAACUCUUGCUCCGUCUACGCCGACUCGCCCUUCCGACCCGGAGAUCCAACACGCGCAGUCGUCAUACUUCACUCCGCCAUCGAUUCCUACGCGCUGGGUCUCCAGCCUCCUGACAUCCACCAUCCGAGGGACACGUACAUCUCCGUCGACACCGCCUCCCGAAACGAGCAUCGCUUCCCUCUUUGGACCGAGCUCGGAAGACCAUUCGUGGUCGCGCUCAGCACCGCACUCGCGCGCCCCGACACAUUCUGAAUCGGCUCCUCCUGCUACUAUCCCUAUCACGCACGGGUCUCCGUUCGCAUCCCAGCCCUUUGUUCCGCCGUCCGGUGCACCAGGGUUCGCUGGGGAUCGGCAGUGGGAUAAGGGCUUCGAGUUCGACAAGACGCAAGUAGAGAAGCAGAGCGUGCGGCUGGUAGGCCGAAGGGAGAUGACGACUCCUGUGUUGACAGUAGAGAUUGCGGACAUGCUGCGGCCAUUCUUCCCAGCGCUCGUGCGCCUGCCCAAGCAAUGGUCGCUUCUCUACAGCCUCGACCAGCACGGAAUCUCGCUGAACACGCUCUACACGCGCUGCCAGGACUUCAAGGGCAGCGCACUCGUCGUUGUGCGCGACUCGGGCGACCGCGUGUUCGGCGCGUGGAUGGGCGAAGGUAUCCAUCCGUCGAAAGGCGCGUACUACGGAAGCGGGGAGUCGUUCCUCUGGCAGUCGGUCGGAAAGGACCGCGUGCGCGUGUUCAAGUGGACCGGGAAGAACGACUACGUCGCGUUGUGCGAGCCGGACUAUAUCUCGUUUGGUGGAGGAGACGGCCGCUCCGGUCUAUGGCUCGACGACACGCUCAUCGACGGCUCGUCGGCGCGAUGUCUCACAUUUGACAACGAGCCCUUGUGCUCGGCCGGGCCGCGCAGGGGCGAGGCUGUCACGUUCGAGUGCGUUGGCCUGGAGGUCUGGGGCAUCGGAUGAAUGUGAACUUCACUCUGCAUCUCCAGUCUUCCUUCUUCCCCGGCUCAGUACUGUAUCGAUCGCAACCCUCUCACACGGACACUCAGUCGCAGCAGGAAUGUAUCGCGUACCUGGUUUCCCUCUCAAUUUGUUGCCCUGCACACAUACCACAUGUCAGCUAAUUCAUCUACAUCUCUUGAUUGUUCC